AUGCGUCAACACAUCAUUCUCUCCUGUUGCUUUGUUGUAUCCAUAUCGAUCGUUUCAGGAAGAACGACCGGGUGUAAGGCUGAAUCUCAGCCCGGAAAAGCUAUCUACACCAUCACCAACGAUCAGGCCAACUCUGUGAUUGCCAUUCCGAUAUCCAGCAAUGGCAUGCUUGCGAAGGGGGCAACAUUCUCAACUGGCGGAUUCGGCUCGAAUUUUCUUGAUGGCACAUCAAACGAGCCAGCUGCUCCUGAUGCUUUAGCAUCUCAAUCGGCACUUACUAUUGCAGGCAACAGCUUAUUUGCCGUCAAUGCUGGCUCGAACACGGUCACGAUGUUCUCAAUCGACCCGUUGAAUUCCACGAAGCUCACCAUGAUCGGUCAACCAGUUGCGGUUCUAGGCCAAUUCCCCAACACGAUAGCGGCAUCAACGAAACACAACAUUGUCUGCGUUGGUUGCUCCGGGGCACAAUCUGGAGUCUCGUGCGCUAGAUUUUCGAAACAUGGACUAGAGUCCAUGGAUACUCUUCGUCCCGUUGGACUUAGCCAGACUACUCCCCCCGUCGGACCGACUAACACCAUAUCUCAAGUUUUCUUUUCCAAUGAUCAGAGCACCCUCUUCACCACAGUCAAAGGUGAUCCGUCUCGGAACAAAACAGGGUUUCUUGGCGCGUACAAGGUUGACAGCCAGGGCUUUGUUGAACAGGAUGGAGUGCAGUCGUCGCCGAACGGUACUACAGUUCUGUUUGGUUCAUCGACGAUUCCUAAGAGCAAUGACCUCUUUGUCACUGAUGCGUCUUUCGGCGGGGUCAUUUUGUCUGUUGACUCGAAGACGAAUGUUGCUUCUGUGAAGGGUGUAGGCGUUAUCGGCGGACAGAAAGCAACAUGCUGGGUUGCAGUCUCUUCGGUUACUGGCAGCGCAUUCGUCACUGACGUUGGGACUAACAGAUUGAUUGAAAUGUCGCUGAGCGAUGCCAGUAUCAAGAGCACUCUCGAUCUCAGCGCGAAUGGUGAUCCAGGUUUGACUGACCUGAGGGCUGCUGGACGCUUUGUGUAUGCGCUGAGUCCAGGCAACGGAACAACACAAUCUGCAAUUGCUGUGGUUGACGCCGUCUUGAAGAAACAAGUCCAGCAUUUUGCACUUGGACAACUCGGCGUUGGUAAAAGUGCUCAAGGAAUGGCGGUUAGGUUGUAA